AUUCAGUGGAUACAGAGAAAUGCGUAAUAAGUAGAGGGAGAAAAAUAAGAAGAGGGUGAUGAUGACGGCCAAUAGACGAGCUCUAUUACCUUCAAAAUGACAAAAUAUGUAUUGAUUCUAAUCAUAUUCUUGUGCUUGUAUUUUAUUUUCAUAGGGAUGAUAAUUUGGAGGAGGUGAUGGAACAAGGUGAAACUAAAAUGAAGGAUCUUCACAAAUGUAAGUACAAGGUUGUAUCUGUAUACGGCUGUCACAUUUGUCAGGAAAAGAAAACAAUAAUUACUUUUUUAGGUUAUCUUGUGUGGGAAUUGAAGCAAUCAUUGACAAGGAAGAGUUCAACAAUAUUCAAAUCUCUGUGUAAGUAUUCAGAUGUUAAUAAAAUGUGUCUAAUUUUCCAUACUAAAAACUUUAUAUUGUGUAUAUUCAGGAUAGAGUCAUCAGAUGACACAUGGUCACCAAACAGAGAACCAGAAGUUGAUUCGUCUUCAGAGGAGGACGAAACCAUCAAGAUGGACAGCGGUACUGAUGACAGCGGUGAUGAGGACUACACACCUUAUAUACACAUAAGGACUGGAGCAGCAUUACAAAAAACAUUACAACUUGAGACUCUGCAAGAAAUUAACAUAGAGGAUACAGUUCAUGACUGUAAUAUCCCAGAAGCAACUGACCAACGUUUGACGAGCAAGAAAGGUCUUCCUCGACGCUACAAGCUAAGGCCUGAGGAUCCAAGGCGUUAUGGUUUGCUGUCCGGAGUUCCUGCACCAUCAACAGAGGAACUUCUACAACACCUACGGACUUGCGGUGAUGGUAAAAUAAAACAUUAUCUGCCUUACAUCUUCCACACAAUAGUCCAUUGCUAAUUGAGUUUAUUUUUUAUUUACAGGUAAACUUUGACAUAGGUGU